AUGAGAUAUGGAUUGAAGGAAGAGAAUAUUUAUUUACUAAGAAUGGCUAGUUGUUGUUUUAAAAAAUUAACUUCAAAUAAAGCAUAUUUUGGUAUGCAAUGUUUUUGGGGUUCUGAAUCACGUUUUGCAAGGGUUAAGGGUGUAACUUGUACGAAAGUUGGUUAUUCUGGUGGUACAAAACCCAAUCCAACAUAUAAAGAUAUUGGUGAUCAUACAGAAAUUGUUGAAGUUACAUAUGAUCCAACUGUUAUAUCAUAUACAGAUCUUUUAGAAAUUUUUUGGAAUUCACAUUCCCCAUUAAUUCACAGAAAAAAACAAUACCAAUCGGCUAUUCUUUAUCUAACAGAUGAGGAGGGUGAUCUUGCUAAAUCAUCAUUAGAUAAUUAUAAACGUAUAUUGGAAAGUGAUGAAGAAAAGAUUGAAACAUAUGUUGAAAAACUAUCUUUUUUUACUGAUGCCGAAGAUUAUCAUCAAAAGUAUUGGCUUCGAAAUGCUCCAGAACUUUUAUCUCUCUUAAAACUUGAAGGAAAAGAUGAUGAAAUAAAAAAUUCAAUAUUAGCAACUAAAGUAAAUGGCUAUUUAGGUGGAGCAUCAGAUUAUUCAGAAUUUCCUAAUAUUGCAAAGAAAUAUGAUUUAAGUGAUAAAGAAAUUGAAUUAAUUAUUAAAUUGUCCGAAGAAAUUUCAAAAUCUCGUAGUUCAUGCCAUUAG